AUGUUUUUGUUUUUUUGUAACUCAAUAUCUACAAGUGAAGAAGUAUUGAAACAAAUUGCAGAACUUCCAGUAACAUAUUAUUCUAUUGUUAGACUUGAAAAUGUUCAAUCACAGCUUCUCCUUUCUUCAUUUGAAGGACAUUAUGUAACAGGAAGUAAGCAACAAAUCGCAAGAGGAGUCAAUUCAUCCAAGCAAGCUCUUGCUGAACUGUAUUUCAACGUUUUAUCAAAUAAUCGCUCUUCAGUUUUACAAGGAGAUUAUGUAAGAUGUGGCGAUGAACUUACUUUACAGCAUACUGUUUCAAGUGGAUUCUUACACUCCCAUAAUUUCACUUCUCCACUUAAUAGUGGCCAUGAAAUCAGUAUUUAUCCUUUACCUGACGAAAUUGGUAACGUUUGGAAAGUUGUUUGCACUGGUGAUAUCAUUAAAUUCAGACAACCAUUUAAAUUACUUAACAUUAAAAUGAAUGAAUAUUUAUCAGUCAAUGCAAAAGGUUUAUACCCUGCUGAUAUUGGCGGGCAUAACGAAAUGUACUGCAGUGACAACCAGGAUCAAGCUGAUUGGUUCGUUCGCCAUGGCGUGUUUGUGAACUAA